GGGCCGGGAGCGCGGGGGACAACCCACCCGCCGGCCUCCGCCGGUCCGCCCCGCAAGGCGGGCCCAGGAGCACGGCCCUCCCCUCACGGAGCCGGCGGGCAGACAGCGGCCGUCGGGAUGGAAAUGGAAGUGGAGGAAGUGGAGGCCGCGGAGGACGAGAAGGCCGGGCCCGCAGCAGGCGAGAAGCGCGGAUCGGCCGAAGCCCCGGGGGCUGCUCCCGCCGCCAGCGGCCAUUACGAGCUGCCCUGGGUGGAAAAAUACAGACCCAUGAAACUAUGUGAAAUAGUUGGAAAUGAAGAUACUGUGAGCAGGUUGGAGGUCUUUGCAAAAGAGGGGAAUGUGCCAAAUAUUAUAAUUGCUGGUCCCCCAGGAACAGGUAAAACAACCAGUAUUCUCUGCUUGGCUCGUGCUCUGCUUGGUCCUGCGUUAAAGGAUGCUGUUUUGGAACUGAAUGCCUCAAAUGACAGAGGCAUUGAUGUUGUGAGAAACAAAAUCAAAAUGUUUGCCCAGCAAAAGGUCACACUUCCAAAAGGUCGGCAUAAGAUAAUCAUCCUUGAUGAAGCAGACAGCAUGACAGAUGGAGCACAGCAAGCGUUGAGAAGAACAAUGGAAAUUUAUUCCAAAACAACGCGCUUCGCCCUUGCCUGCAAUGCCUCUGACAAAAUCAUAGAACCCAUUCAAUCCCGGUGUGCAGUGCUACGUUACACCAAGCUGACAGAUUCACAAAUCCUUGCAAGGCUACUGAAAAUUGUUGAGAAAGAGGAUGUACCAUAUACAGAUGAUGGACUAGAGGCCAUUAUCUUCACAGCCCAAGGAGAUAUGAGACAGGCAUUAAACAACUUACAGUCCACAUAUUCUGGAUUUGGCUUUAUAAACAGUGAAAAUGUCUUCAAGGUGUGUGACGAGCCUCAUCCUCUGCUUGUGAAAGAAAUGAUACAGCACUGUGUAAAUGCAAAUAUUGAUGAAGCAUACAAGAUUCUUGCCCACCUGUGGCGACUUGGCUACGCUCCAGAAGAUGUGAUUGGCAACAUCUUCCGUGUGUGUAAAACCUUUCAAAUGCCAGAGUAUCUGAAACUGGAAUUUAUCAAGGAAAUCGGGUACACUCACAUGAAGAUAGCAGAAGGUGUGAACUCCCUUUUGCAGAUGGCUGGACUGCUGGCCAGGCUCUGUCAGAAGACGGCAGCCCCGGUGGCGAGUUAAGGGUUUCACGGGGCAUCCUGGGAGGGGAAGGGCUGGUGUGCAAGAUCAGCAGCGCCCCAUGUGCCCCGAGUUCUGCAUGCACAGAGUCUGUUCCCCACACUUUGCUAAAUUGCAGAAAAAUAACCAGGUUCUAUUGUAAAAAUGUUUUGUACUUCUUUUAUUUAGACCAAUAAAGCUUUAAAACCUA